CCUCACCCUCUGCCUCGUCUUCUCUGGUCUCUCAGCUGUAAAACAAAGUCACACUCUGUUUGAUUCAGAACUUAAAUUCUGUUUGGUUGACAAGAAAGAAAAUCGGAGAGAAAACAAAGGAAAAUAAUCCAAAAAGAAAAAAUUAUGUCUCCUCACGGCGACAAAUCGGACGCUGCAGAGGAAGCCUUGGUUGCUGAAACUGAGAAGCGCCCCAUUUCCACCAUCCUCAUCGUCAUCGCUAUGCAGACUGAAGCUCUUCCUGUGGUGAACAAGUUCAACCUCACAGAGGACCCUGACUCCGUGUUCCCAAAAGGGGUCCCUUGGGUCCGGUAUCAUGGGUUUUACAAAGAUCUUCAUAUUAAUUUAGUUUGGCCUGGAAAAGAUUCAUCUUUAGGAGUUGAUUGUGUAGGCACAGUUUCUGCGUCUCUUGUGGCCUAUGCUGCCAUUCAAGCGUUACAGCCAGACCUAAUUAUCAAUGCAGGCACUGCUGGUGGCUUUAAGGCCAAAGGAGCAGGCAUCGGUGAUGUGUAUCUCGCAUGUGAUGUUGCUUACCAUGAUAGAAGGAUACCCAUUCCUGUGUUUGAUCUAUAUGGAGUUGGUUUACGACAAGCCUGUGUAUCACCCAAUCUUCAAAAGGAACUUAACCUAAAGGUUGGUAAACUGUCUACCGGCAACUCUCUAGAUAUGUCCCCGCAGGAUGAAGCAUCGAUCAUUGCAAAUGAUGCUACAAUUAAAGACAUGGAGGGUGCUGCUGUUGCCUAUGUGGCAGAUCUGUUGAAAGUCCCAAUCAUAUUUGUUAAAGCUGUGACUGAUGUAGUAGAUGGUGAAAAACCAACUGCAGAAGAAUUCUUGCAAAAUUUGUCUGCAGUAACUGCUGCUCUUGAAGAGAAGAUCACCCAAGUUAUCGAGUUUAUUAACGGAAAGUGCCUCUCUGAUCUUUGAAGCAUUGCAUCCAAACUUAAUGAAACAUUUAUGUGAUAUUAGCAUGUCCCUGGACCGCGGUUGAUUAGAUAUCUACAGAUUUUGGUAAUACCUUAUUUGAAAGGUCCAACAGCAACAGUUCAUAGUUUGUGUAACUAUAUUUAAACAGUAUAUUCGGUGGUUUAAUCACGUGUUCUCUUUUUUAAUUUAAAAAUAUUUCGUGAUAAUGUGUCGAUAACAUUCUCGCCAAUUAAAUAUACCUACAUGUUAUCAAUACA